CAUUUUGGUGAAUCCAAACGCACCGAUUUUGCAUCCGCGACUUUGAGAGACGAGACACGACAAAUCAACGACACCACNCUUACCGUCGCCAAACCCGCCAAAAUGUCCGCCCAGCAGACCAAGCAGUUCCAACAGGGUGAACGUGUCAUCCCUGCUGCCGCAGAGAAGGCCCCCAAGUACUACCAGGCCGAGGACGACAGCCAGGCUAAGAAGGUCCGCAAGAACCAGCGCCCUUGCAAGCCCCGCGCUUCCCUCCAGCCCGGUACCGUCUUGAUCCUCCUCGCCGGUCGUUUCCGCGGCAAGCGCGUCGUUCUCCUCAAGAACCUCGCCCAGGGUGUUCUCCUCGUCACCGGCCCCUUCAAGGUCAACGGUGUCCCCCUCAGACGCGUCAACGCCCGCUACGUUAUCGCAACAAGCACCAAGGUUGACAUCUCCGGCAUUGACUCGUCGGUUGUUGAGAAGGUUGGUGGCGACGCCUACUUCGCCAGAGAGAAGAAGUCGAAGGCCAAGGGCGAGGAGGCUUUCUUCAAGCAGGGCGAGAAGCCUGAGGCCAAGAAGGUCGCCUCCGGCCGCGCCGAGGACCAGAAGUCCGUCGACCGUGCCAUCCUUGCCAGCCUCAAGAAGGAGCCUUUCCUCAUCUCCUACCUCGGCUCCACCUUCAGCCUUAGAUCGGGCGACAAGCCCCACGAGAUGGUCUUCUAA